AUGGCGGAUCGGGAACGUCCUGCGAAAACCCCCAUCAGGGUGGGCUUUUAUGACAUUGAAAGGACCAUUGGCAAGGGAAAUUUUGCCGUUGUUAAGUUAGCACGACAUCGAAUAACGAAGACUGAGGUAGCAAUUAAGAUAAUAGAUAAAUCCCAAUUAGAUGCCAGCAAUCUUCAGAAAGUAUACAGAGAAGUUGACAUCAUGAAGAGGCUGGAUCAUCCUCAUAUUAUUAAGCUUUAUCAGGUCAUGGAGACGAAAAACAUGAUCUACAUAGUUUCUGAAUACGCCAGCAAAGGAGAAAUUUUUGAUUAUAUCGCUAGAUAUGGUCGCAUGGCAGAGCAAGCUGCACGAAGGAAAUUCUGGCAAAUCCUUUCCGCUGUGGAGUAUUGCCAUGAAAGGCGGAUUGUCCAUAGAGAUCUCAAGGCUGAAAACCUAUUGCUGGAUGCGAAUAUGAACAUCAAGAUAGCAGAUUUCGGCUUCAGCAAUUACUACGCGGCAGGAGAACUUCUGGCCACGUGGUGUGGUUCUCCUCCAUACGCGGCACCCGAAGUCUUCGAGGGCAAACGGUACACAGGCCCCGAAAUCGACAUAUGGAGCCUGGGAGUGGUGUUAUACGUGCUCGUUUGCGGAGCCCUGCCUUUCGACGGCUCCACCCUUCAGUCGUUAAGGGAUCGAGUGUUAUCUGGCAGAUUUAGGAUACCUUAUUUCAUGAGCGAAGAUUGCGAAUCCCUGAUCCGGAAGAUGUUGGUCCUGGAGCCGAUGAAGAGGUACACGAUAGAGCAGAUCAAGAAGCACCGGUGGAUGUCAGCAGAACCGUACGCUGUGUCAGCCGGGGUCACUGACCCGAUGCGUAGCCCCGCCCAUGCACCCGCCCACCACGAGCCGAACGACCAGGUCUUAAGGCUGAUGCAGAGCUUGGGCAUUGAUCCUGUUAAAACCAAAGAGAGCCUCCGAUCCAAUAGCUAUGACCACCACGCAGCAAUCUACCUCUUGCUUUUGGAAAGGUUAAGAGCACGAGCAGCGAGUGGGGCCAACACUUCGGGUUCCGAGACUCGCACUAGGCCAUCCAGACGGCCUUCUUCUGUUGCUGAUUCAGCUCUGGCCAGGGAAGCUCAAGAAGCACGAAGGGAACAUCACAACCGGUUACUUCAUAGCGGUGAAAGUCAAGCGAGGGAGUUUAGUCGCGCUACACCCACUCUGACCGCUGCUCCGGCCGACUCGUCCUCUGCCGAGACGCAGCGGUUGCUGUCCCUCGCAGGAGUCAACAUGACGGAACAAAGACUGCUCCAGCGAAACUCCGACCCCUCGGACACGCACCGGAGCUUUCUAGUCAGCAACAUAGAUAGCAUCUCUAAGAGUCAUGAGAGCGAAUCGAUGAGGCUCCUCUCGAUGAGAAACAUUGACGUGACACAAUCUAACCAAAGGCUAGGAACUAAGUUGAACGAAGCCACCGUCCCAACUCACAGAUUACUUACUUCAACCUAUGAACAGCAGCAAAAUAUAUUGAAGCAAUCGAGCGAAGAUUGCAGACGACUUCUGCAGCAGUCCACGACUGUUGGACCAGAAACAAAUAAACAUCUGAACGACGGAACGAGACUUCUCACAUCGUCCAGUUUCGAUUCUAAAUGUGCAAUUGAUGGGGGAAGGAGUUCAUCGGCAGCUGACCAUAAUGUCAUUGCGAACUUUCUCCAAAAUUCGGCCUCGGCUACUAAUUUUAAUGUAGAAACUGUAAAACUUCCAAGUUCGACUACGUUCACCAUGUGUUCAGAAGCUGCGAAGCUAAUGAAUACAUUGCAGCAGUCACCUUUACCAUUAAAAGGUACUGUCAAUUUGAGUACUAGCCCUAUACCAACGCAACUUACAGAUACAAAGCUUAGUAGUGUAUUAGAACAACCAAAGCCUUUAGAAUCGACGAGGCUAGUGUCCCAAGCACAACAACAGGAUCUCAGCAGAUUGCAAACAAGCACUCCGCCUUUCAAAGAUUACAUGAACCAUCAUCUUCCAGCAUAUUCUUACUUACAAAAUACAGUCUUGCCACCAAUAUCUAAUACGACUGAAUCAGCAAACUUUGCUAUGAUAUCUGGAACUGGCACAAAUGAGUUAUUUCCGAACUCGACAUUGUAUCGACCAGACAGCAAAUUUUCAUUGAACAGGUAUACCACUGGUCAAACAUACACUCAAAACCUUCAAACUAAUCCACCUGAAGGAACAAAAUUUCAACAACAGUAUUCGUCAUCAACAGAUGAAGGGUGUGAGACUGAUAUGGAAGAUGUGGCGAGUAUUCCUAGUGGAGUCCAAAACAGGUUGAGUUCUUACGCAAGUUCCAGCUCAAGCAGUGGAGUUGUGACUUUUUUUAAUAACAAGAGUCUAAGCCAAAACCUUAGUUGUGAAUCUUCACAAAGCAACUUCUCUACUUUUGAAAGUUUGGAUUACCAAUUGUCUGACUGUUCAAGUGAAUUAGCAAGUAGUCUACCCAGCUGUACGUCUAAUGAAGAUAAAUUAGCUUGUGAAAAUAGUUCCUUAGUAAAUACGAGUCCAAUGCAUCCGUGCGUGUAUAUAUCUUCGUAUAAUAAUAAAAAUUCUGGUACCGGUUUUAUCGCUAGACAUAAUCCAUUGAACUAUCAAUCAGUUAAUAAAAACUGCCCCCGUGCAAUAACAAGGAGUCCUGUCGAUUUUAGAGAGGGACGCAGAGCAAGCGAUGGCUUAGUGGCACAGCAAGUGGCACAAUCAAACGAAACACAAAAGAACAGUUUAGCAUUUAAUAGUCAGCGACUGAACGAAAAUUGCAAAGCGAAAGGCGUGUUAGAACUACAUCUUGUCCAAAAAGAGGCUCAAAAACUCAAAACUCAGUAUCAGGCAUCACUUCCUGCGGAAGAGAUGACGCAAAGACAACUACAGCACAACCAGUUCGCAGCUAGUUUCAGCCCUCAUUAUUUGGACACAAAGACACCGACAGCCAAACGAAUCAGUCUUCCAGAAACGUUCAAUUACUCGAGUACCUCGCCCCCGAUGCCAGCCAGUCCAAAGAUGGUCGCACAGCUUCAAGAGCCGCCGGAACUACCUCAUGCUGCGACCGUGGCGCAAGCAACCAAGCCCCCUCUACAACAGCAAUUGAUGCAACACAGACUAUACCAACAGAAACGCCAGCUACUCCAGAAACAGAUGACUCCACCCAACGUGCCAACUCACGACCUGGGACCUCUGCAUAACUUACAAGUCGGCCUUAGCAGACGGCAAAUGCUGCGGCAACAGAGCUACAAAAUAGCACAGCAGCAACAGAUAAUGCCACCCCUGCCGCUGACGGAGACGGAAAACAGGGACCUGCUCGCAUUCCAAGCAAUAGUAGAGGGGCCGAACCGCACGGGGAAGCUGAAGCCGGAGGAGGGGCAGGAGGACGUGACUAAAUUCACGUAUCAGGGGUCGAUGGAGAUCAGCAUCAUGAACAAGGAUAGGCUUGGGAGUGAGAACUGGAGCAACUUGCCGUCGAGCCUGCAGAGCGCGUGCCAGAUCUCGGAGCUGGGUAGGCGGGAGACGCGGGGCGAGGGGCGAGAGGUGGAGGGCGAGGCAGGUGCGAGUGACGCGCCGCCGCCGCCGUGGCCGGCGCACUGGAGCGCCGCGCUGUUCCCGCCGCAGCCCUGCUUCCAGCAAAACUGGCAGGGUCACAGUCUGCCACCUACUACCAACAUGCUGCCGCUGAGCGAGAGCCCGAUCCUGGAGUUGACUGAGCAGAUGGAGUCUAUUUGA